AUGCUUCAGCGUCAUAGCAGGACAUUGCCUUCACGCUCGUCGAAAAGAACUUCGAAACCGUCGCCAGCAGAUACCGAAAUACAGCGCCCUCAAAUAUCCUAUGCAGCGAGUUUCGAGGAGCGCAUGCGUUACACUACGCUUGAUGACCUUCCGCUCGGUGAAGGGGGUGCGAAGCGUAUUAGCCAGUUGAUGCGCGAGGUCGAGGGUGAUAGAUAUGGGACUUGGCCGCAGCCGAAGGCGAAACGAGCGGUUGCAGAUGAUGAGGUUGAACGAAAUGCACCUCUGGCUCAACAAAUGUCAAGCGACGCAGUAAUCACUGAGCAGGUCCAAAAAAGACUGGCGCAGCUUGACGAUGAAGUUGCGCACAAAUGCGAGGAGGAGAAAGCGCAGAGGAGACAGGAGGAAGAGAAACGAAGACGACAAGAAGACAGGGCACAGAAAAGACGACGGGAUGAGAGAGAGCAGAGAAGACGCGAGGAGAUGAGAUCAUCUACCAUUUCUGCACAAGAAAUGGUGAUUCCGCCAUUCAGACCUGCUGCGCCAUCACGACCAGCUCCUCCCGUUCACCAAUCUCCACCAAUACAGCCAGCUCUUCAAAUCCACGCAGCUUCGCAGGUAAGCCCAUCACAACUACCACCACCACAUCGUCCUUCUUCUCCAUCUUCGCCCUUCAAUAUCCUCCUCGUGAAGCUUGAUGGACCACCAGCGAUUCCUCACGCUCGCCCUCCCCAACCAAUAUCCCCUCUAAAUCUUGAAAAUCCGCCUUUCGUCCCACCGCCAGUCAACCCUUAUCUCGACGUCGAGCGCCCACCACCCAGACGCUGUAAGCCGCGAAGAACAUCUCGGCAUGCUGGCUACGUCGACUCGAGCGGGACCCUCAAGCCUGUUGCGGGUAGUUCGCUGAGACAUGUUGUGAGUGCUGGGUCGGUGGCGAGUGGUAUAGAGUAUAUUUCUGGUGGAGGGGAUGGGGAUGUGGUUGAGGAAGAAGAGUAUGAUCAUCCGUUUAGUCCGGUGACGUUGGAGGGUGCGACGUGGAGGGACGUUUGA